GCUAAGUUAGUUAUUAAAAGAAACAGAAGCUUUUUUUCAUAGUAGGGAAGACGCACAGAACACGAAAACGUAUAUCCUGUGGGAAAAAAUGAAGAAAACUAGCGUGGUGCUCGAUUCGGAAGUUCAUAAAUUUUCCCGAGCAAUGACUCAUUCGACAAUUCAUCAAGUCAGUCAAAGACACAUGUUGAGCUGCACAGGUUCACAAACCAAAAUAAGUUCCAUCUUGGUCGGUGGCAGCAACAUCAAACUGACUGACAGGAGCGACAAGCAAGCUCACCGAAGAGCAGUUCGGGUGUUGGACAAUGAUGGCAAUAACGUCACUCCUCUGUCCCUGUAUCACACAGAGCCAGGAGACAAGCAGCCCAAACCAGACACACUCUUUGUGGAUGAAUUUAUUUCCAGCUCAGGACCAGACCACUCAAAAUCCACUUCAAGUUUUAAUGUACCCUUUUCCAGUUCAUUUAUGGGUAGCAGCCGACCAUCCAGCCUGUCUAAAGCUUCACUGACUUAUAAGACUGAGGACAGUGUUCCUAUCCUGGGCGUACCAAUUAAUUCUCCAGCUCCAUAUGAGGUGCAGAGGAAACGAGACAAUGUGAAACAACAUGUGACAGACGAGAUGUUGGGUGAGGAUGUGGACAUCUUUCUUUCUGAGACAGAUACCAUUUCACUGCUGGACAUACCCAGCACCUUUGUGUCAGAGGAUGCUGAUGAUGCAGAAGCUAUUAAAGAGAGAAACAUUCACUAUGCUGAGCUUUGCAAGAACACAAUGGGCAACGAUAAGUAUGUGGUUCGAUCAAUGCAGACAUUCAGUGGAGCACCUAAAAACAAACACGUCCAGAGUGACACGAUUGUCAUGGUGGAUGAAGGCACGAGUGCUACUAGCUGGGACAUCUAUGACUCUUUCUGUAACAGAAAUAAGACGCCUGAAAGUGAGAAAGCUGACUAUGGAGAGAGGACUGUGAACACCAGUGAAACUCAGGAGAAGAGAAGGGAGAUGAACGGCAGCAGCAGCAGCACAGGCAGCACCAUUAGCUCACUGUUAGAAUUGGAAAUGUGUGGAAGCAGUUUAAAAGCUGAGCCUGACCCACAACUGAUCAUGUCGUCAGAGUCAUUCCAACAUAGCUUAUUAGUAAUGGAGAGGAGCAUCGUGGCACACAUCUUUCAACCCAAGCUGGCUGCGUAUAGACUGCUGCCCAUAGAAGACCCUGACAGCACGAUGAAGACUCGGACUGAGGGACAGAGUGAGGAGAGCUCUUUAUCUCCAACUCUGGAGCAUCUCUGGGCAUUCAGUUGUGAGCUCACCAGAAGACGCAACAUUACCAGCAUGGCCUGGAACAAGGAGAACUUGGAUCUCCUGGCAGUGGGCUAUGGUAACUUUGACUCCAGCAACCAGAAACCUGGUUUGAUCUGCUGCUGGUCCCUCAAAAACCCUACGAGGCCGGAGCGUGUCUACCACUGUCAUAGCUGUGUGACAGCCCUGGAUUUCUCAGCCAGCAACCCCGGCCAGCUGGCUGUGGGAAUGUACGAUGGCACAAUAGCUAUCUACAAUGUCCAGAGUCAAAGCAACAAGGCAUGUAUUGCAAACAGCAGUUCGUGUCCCAAAAAGCAUGUGCAUCCAGUGUGGCAGGUGAACUGGAUUUCACAAGAGAUGAGAUUAUCAGAGGAUGACAGGGCAGAAGCUCUCGUCUCUGUGUCAGCAGAUGGCAGGAUUACCAAGUGGCUCCUCUGCAGCAAUGGUCUUGACUGCAUAGACCUGAUGAAGCUAAAGAAUCAAAAUAGUAAGAAGAAUGCUGCUAGAAUCAAGAAAAAGACAGACAGUGUUCUGCCAGCAAUGACUCCCAGUGUCUGUGUUGACUUCCAUCCAACAGACUCCAGUAUCUAUCUUGCUGGCACAUGGGAGGGCCCCAUACACAAGUGCUCCUUCUCCAACAGUGAGCAUUUUCUGGACACUUACCAAAAACACUUUUGCCCUGUGAACCACGUCGAAUGGUCUCCAUUUUGUUCUGAUGUGUUCCUGAGCUGCUCCUCUGACUGGACCAUCCAGCUGUGGAAGCAGGAUCGCUUUACACCUGUGCUGAGCUUCACAUCCACCCAGAGGACUGUGUACACCGCUAGGUGGUCACCAAACUGGUCCACAAUAUUUGCAGCCAUUAAUGGACGACAGGUGGACAUCUGGGACCUGAAUUCAAACAUCCUGAACCCAACCAUCAUGCACCAUGCUGCACCCGGUGUGAAGGUGACAUCUCUGCUGUUUGCAAGAGGGACAGACUGUGUCUUGGUAGGGGACAGUAAUGGACAAGUGACUGUCUACCAGCUGAAGAACCUCAGUGUGGGAGAAGGCAAGCAGGUGGACAGUUUGGAAGACAUCAUUAACUCUGCAGUCUCCAGGUAGCUGUAGACUUGAACUUUCUGCAAUGUAAAAGUAUAAAUUCAUUGGCCAUUUAAAAAAAAAGAUCUGACAGCAUACUUGUAAUACUACCAAGGUGGGCUUUUUGUUGGAGAACCACUUUAGGUUUGAGUUAUUGUGGUUAAUUCUCUUAAGUUCAUUAUUGCCAUCUAUUGGAAACUUUGGACAUUGAAGUAAAGUCUAGAAAAUUAUCUAGAAAGGUAUGAAUUAAAUAUUUCAUUCAAUGUUUCAUA